AGUAAAGAAAGAUGCUGCAGAGGCUUCCAAGGAGCUUGUGUUUGGCCAUGUUAAACUUCAGAAUGAAGAAAUGCUAGGGGAGAAGAAGAGGAAACUUUCAAAGCAUAAGGAACUUGAAAGGGCUAAGAAGUUGGAGGAAGUGAAAAAGAAUGAUCCUGAGAAGGCUGAAGUUUUUGCCAAGAAGCAAUCAUGGAAAGCAGCAAUGGAUAGAGCAUCAGGGGUUAAGGUUCAAGAUGAUCCCAAACUGCUGCAAAAAAGCAUUAAUAAGGAGAAGAAGAAGCAGCAGAAGAAUUCAGAGAAAUGGAAUGAUAGAAUUCAAACAAGGGACCAAUUGAAGGCGGAGAAACAGAAGAAAAGGUCAGAGAAUAUAGCUGCCAGGAUUCAUGAGAAGAAAAUGCGAAAGAUUGCCAAAAGAGAGAAAAAGCUUAUGCGACUAGGCUUCGAAGGUCGCAAAGAAGGUUUUAUGAAUGAGGGUGGUGCCACCUAACAUGAUUUUGAAGUUUAUCGAUUUGUGCCUUAUCUUUACAUUGUUGUUUUCUAGCUUUAGAAGAGUUAGUGUUAGAGAAUGACAAUUCAAGGGCUAGAAAAAGGUUCACCUAUCAAUUUCUGUAUGCUUGAUCAUAUUUCUUGAAAUAAAACAUAUUUUAUUUUCUAUUAUGAUCUACAUCGGCAUACCAUAUUCUGAGAAA